AUGCAUACUGUAAUCAUUAUUGGGGCUGGAAUAGGCGGGUUAUUGUUUGCUCAAGGACUUUUAAAAAAUCACAGUGAAAAUAAAAUGAACUUUAAUGUUAAAAUAUUCGAGAGGGAUGCAGGACCGGAAGCUCGUUUGCAAGGAUAUCGUGUUUCAUCAAAACCAUUUGGUGUAAAAUCACUUAUAAAUUGUCUUCCAACAGAAUUAUCCGAUCGGUUAAAUGAAAUCCUUCCUGACCCGGUUACAGGUGAAGAUAACGAUCUCUCGUUCAUGGAUGAAUUCGGAGAAUUGUUGACUUCAUUUCCUUCUAAAAAAUUUAAUAAUGUGCGUGUACAAUGGAAUAAAAAAUUUGUUAGAUAUGAGAUAGACGAAAAUGGUGUUUGGGCUUAUUUUGAUGACGGUACAAAAGAGUUCGGUGAUAUUUUGGUUGGAUCUGAUGGUGUUAAUUCACUUGUUCAUAAACAGAAAUUACCAGACUUGGAGGUAAAAAAUUUGGGAGUAUCAUGUGUAGUAUUUGACAUUGCACCAAGUAAAAAUCUUGUCGAAAGAUUUUCAAAAAGUUCUUAUAGAGAUAGCGUAUUUAAAAUAUCAUUGGGAGAUUGUGGAGAUAAUUUAGCUGUAGUAUUUAGACUCAUCCCAGUUGAAACAAAAGAUUCACAAGAUGAUGAUAUUCACUACAGAUUUACAUUCUCGUAUACUUAUCCAUCAUCAUUUGAUGAUUACGAUAGUGAUGAUUAUGCUAAAAUGUUAGAUAUAAUUCCGGAAGAUCUACCAUCUAAAAGUGGAUCUGUAGGUGAUGCUAUACAUGCAAUGAAUCCUGUUCUCGGCUUGGGCAUGAAUCAUGCAAUGAGAGACGCAGAUAAAUUGUCACAAUCUUUAUUAGAUUGGGAUGAAAAGGGUUGGGAGGAAUGUAUAAAAAAUUAUGAGGAUGAAAUGAUCAAUCGAUGUUCACCCGAUGUGUUGAAUUCGAGAAAGGUUUGUCAAUGA